UCUCUCCAGCUGCUCUGACUGUGAGUCCCAGCAGAUCUCAGUUCUUUGAAAGAGAAAAAGUUUCUCUGAGCUGCUCUGAUGGAGGAACUGUGAGGAGAAACACAAGCAGAGGAACCAGGAAGCGAUGUGGAGAUGGAUGGGGGAAGUUAAACGGUUCUACCUGCAGCAUCAGCUUGUUGUACCCACAUGACUCUGGCCUGUACUGGUGUGAGUCCAUGUCUGGAUCCUCCAGCAGCAGCAGCAGCAGCAUCCAGCUCUCUGUCUCUGGUGGAUCAGUGAUCCUGCAGAGUCCUGUCCUCCCUGUGAUGGAGGGAGAUGACGUCACUCUGAGCUGCAGAGCAAAGAGUCCAGCCCACAACCUCCCAGCUGCUUUCUAUAAAGAUGGCUCCUUCAUUGGUGAUGGACCAUCAGGUCACAUGACCCUCAACCUAGUGAAGAGAUCUGAUGAAGGCCUCUACCACUGUAGCAUCAGCGGUCAGGGAGAGUCUACAUCCAGCAGGAUCUCUGUGGAAGAGAAACCUCCCACCACCCCUCCACCCUCCUCCUCCUCUUCCUCAGAGAGACCCACCAUCAUCUCUGACUCUACAGACCCACCUGGUCCAGGUUCUUCCUCCAGCUCUCUCCCACUACUUCCUCUCGCUGCAUCUGGUUGUGGUUUGGUUUUCCUGGUGUUGCUGGUUGUUCUGGUUUUACUGGUGAAACGACGAGUUCAAAAUAAACCUGAAGACAAUAAAGGAGGAAGAGGAGAGGAUGACAUCACUUACAGCGACAUCAGGAUCUCCCAGAGUAAACAGAAGAAAACCAAACCAGAAACAGGAA